AUGGGCAAAUUGAAUGUCUCCGGCCCAGGCGGUACAGCACGGCCGCCGGCGCCGCCAGGAAACUCAGGAACCACGGGAGGAAAGUUGCGAAAGGGCUGGGGGGAGAUUAUUAGCCAAGACUUGCUGAUGCAGGUUCAAACGCGCCCACACUCUGCGCGAGUUGUUCUGGGUGACACUGCUGUCCUGGAGGCCAGGAAGGGUUUGUCACGAGUUUUGCAGGUUGGAAGCAACGGGGAUCUGGAGUUGUUUGCGCAGCAGCUAAAGAGUUCUGACAACGCGGCGUGUGAACCGGACUUUCGAGAGCGCAAUGACAAGAUACCAUGCUUCGCAAUAUCAUAUGUGCACUCGGACACGCCGACGGGGAGGUUCAAGUUUUCAGUCGAGCAAUGGGACAGCUUCAAAGCGGCAUGUGAGGAGAUCUUCGGAAGCGGUGUAAAGGAGAUACGAAUCUGGCUGGAUCAAUGUUUGUGGUUGAGGGAUGCGAGUCAAGGGGCUUGGGCGCACACCGGACUGAUGCCGUAUGUGAUGUGGCCUGUGAUAAGCCUUGGGGUGAAGGCAGCGGGGGGAGAGAAGACGCUUGACACUAACGAGCGGAUGUGGCCGUUUGUGGAGGAGGUUGCGGGGCUGUGGUCGAUGGGAGUGAUCAUAACGAGGGAGCUGCGAGGCAAGACGAUGGAUACUGGAAGUCGACGAUGGCUCUCAUUUCAGUUGCGGCACAAAUGUGAACCGGAAGAGAGCAUGAGGCUGUUGCUGUUGAACAUCUUUCAUGGAGCGGUGGACGGGUUGCAAACGGGGUGGCAAGAAGAUGUAGAAGAACUGAAGGACUUGGCCAAAUGGAAUAUUCUGUUGGAAACAAGUUCGAUCAUCGUAGGCAGUGAUUGGAAAUUGCGGGUGGCGAACCUGCGGCGGCGUCAGUGCUACCAAAUCAUUGGGGGUCUACACCUGUCACACAACAUCCAGUACCUGCCGAGGCCGAAUAAGUACCUGGAUAAAAGCCGACGACUGAAAAGCGAGGGAUCAUAUAACGGAUGGUUUGAAUGGGCAUCAGGAUCUGUCGAGUAUACAGAAACGGACCCCCUGUACGCACUAGUUUUUCGUGUGUCGCUCAGUCAGUAUCAGAUACUUACGGAUUGUGGUGAGUUCCAGAUUCUGCUCCAUGGAGGCAUGGGUGAAUCAAUACGGCUUUUGGUCGCCAUGGAUGGAUUUACAUCAAAUUUCAGUCGCGGACAUGUAGCGUGGACCCAAGUAAUGUUUGGAAGGUCCAGCUGCGACCUGGACGAUGGCCUGACGAGUCGGAACAAGUUCGUUGUUGCAAACGUCUUGGAGGAAAUGUUAGGAAGACGACUGCAGGUCACUUUAAUAAUCAACCGGCAAAGCGCAGCCAUCGAAUGGGUUUGA